AAUUUGAUUGAGAAACAGUCCUACUCCCCCACUCAAUUCAAAUGGAUAUCGAUAAAGCUCGUGCCUUGGAGUUGGCAGUUUCAUUUGUUUCCGAUCAGUGGAAUUCAUUGAGUGAAGACGACAUUACAGUCAGAAUUUUCAGCGGUGGUUACAGUGGCCGAUUGUACAUUGUCGAAGAUGUAUCGGAAACAUCCAACACCAAUCCGAUCCAAAAAUUCCUAGUUAGACUUUACGGCGGCAAGUUAAUCGAAAACGAUGACAUCGUCAAAGCUGGUAAAUGCGAAACAAGUGAAGGCAUCGUUUUCUUCGCAAAUGGUAUCCAAGGUCUCGGGCCAAAACUGUUCGGAGUUUUCGAUGGAGGACGAGUCGAAGAAUUUAUACCAUCACAUCGUCUUACCGAGGCUGAUUUAACUGACGAUAAUAUAUCGUUGGAAUUGGUGCGUAAGCUUGCCCGUUUCCAUGCCCUCCAAUUGCCUGUCCCUAAACAAAAACGCGACAUUCUCUUGAUGUCGGUGAUGUAUCAGGACGAAUACAACAAGGACAAUACACUGAAAUUAGCAAAACGUGUUGGCAUCGAUCCAGAUGAAUUACGGUAUCUUGAUGAUGACUACGUUGCUGAGCAUGCCUUUCUUCGUAGCUUUGAGUCGAAGGUCAGUGGUCGGCUGGUUCUCUGUCACGGUGAUCUCAACAAGAACAACAUUUUAGUUCGAGACACACCUGAUCGAUUCGAUGAGCGUGUUAUGUUGAUCGACUAUGAACUAGCUGCCACGGAUUACCGUGGUUGUGAUUUGGGGGCACUGUUAGUGUGCAAAGUACUUGAAAUGACAGAUGACGGUGCUUUUAAUAUAGUUUGCGAAUGGCCUGACGAGAAGUAUCGUCGCAUGAUUUUGACGGAGUAUUUGAAUGAGACGAAGAAAUUAAAUUACUUUAAAUUCGACGCGAAUGGGCUGGACUCUGUUGAUCAUUUGAUGAUGGAAGUGGACUUCUUUGUGAUGUAUACGCUCCAAUUGUUCAAGGGGUUCUUCAAGAAGAUGCCAAACAGUGAAUUCUUCCACCAACAACCAGAUGUGAUGAUUAGUAGCUGGCUUAAAUUUAUUCCGGUAAUGGCCAAAAUGUAUGACACUCACAAAGCGAAUUUCAUAGAGAGGUACAGCAAAGUCAUUUAAGACCGAGAACGAAACAUCCUUGCAGGAAUAUAAAUUUCCCGGUCCCGGGAACACGAUGGAAGCAAUGGAAUACAAUAUUGUUGUUUCAAUGUUUGAAAAUAAAGUUCUGCCAAUUUUAUGGUUACA